AUGGGUGUAUAUAUACCGCCUCCUAAUGAUAAUGACAAAAACAACAAAAACAAUAAUGAUAGAAAGAAUAAUAAUAAUGACUCUACGACCAACAAAAAUUCGAAUAAAAAUCAACCAACUAAUCCUAUAACUAAUCCUUCUUCAUCUUCAGAUAUAGAUACAACAACUAUAGUAAUACCUAAUCCAGCAUCAUUAAUACCCAGAAAUCCAAGUAUUGGAUUAAUAUGGGGUCCAUUAACUCCUUCUUCAGAUAAUCGACCGGCUUUAGCUACAAUGAUUGGAUUACAAUUUUUACUAGGGACAGGAUGUUUUAGAUAUGCAAGAAAUCAAUUAAGAAAGCAUCCAGUAAUUAUACCUAAUCAACCUCCAAAAUUCAUAAGAAAUGGGUCCAUAUGGAAACUGAUUAUUGCAAUCGGAAUUGGAUCAAUAAUAAUAUUUGGAAGUGGAUUAGAAAUAAGUAGAAUGUUAUUACCUUAUGAUCCAUGGUAUGAAGAAUCAAAACAUUAUAGAAAAGUUGCAACUAAAAAUGGUGAUAAACCUAAUUUUUGGUUUGGUGCUUAUAAAUAUUAUAAACCAAUGGAUUUAAAAACUUGGACUGAUAAAUUAGGUGUUUGGUUUGAUAAUGCAAGUAAAGAAAUUGAUCAAAAAUCAAGUAUAUUUGGUGAUUUACCUAAUGAAUUAAAUCAAGGUAAUUCAAAAACAAAUAACAUCUUAUAUAAGUUAAAUAAAAAGGGUAAUUAUAAUGAAUUAUAUAACAAGUUAAAAGAAGCAAAUAAAGAAAGAUUUCAUCAUAUUUUAAAUGAAGAACUUAGGGAAGUAAAUGAAUUAAAUAAAGCAGAAAGAUUAGAUUUAAUAUUAGAAGGUAAAAGUGAAUUAAUAAAUGAAGAAUUCACAAAACCAAGUAUUCAAUUAGGAACUCAUACAAUGAAUAAUGAUGAUGAUUUUGAAAUGGUUUGGUUAAAUUUUGAACCUUGGGAUGAAUUAAAAUUAGAAACUGAUUAUGAUAUAAGAUUGAUACCUAGAUAUGCACAAGUUGUUGAUGAGGAAGAAAAAGAUGAUUCAAAAGUGCAAAAACAACCAGAAGAGAUUGAAAAAAUUGAAGUCAUUGAACCAUAA